GGAGUCUUAACCGAGAGAAAUAAGAGGAAGAGUUAGGCAGCCGGACAGUGACACGUAGAGGCAGACAGGAACUCACAAAGAGUCUGGCCGUCAGUGAUAAACUUGGGGCGACUGAGGAGAGUAGUUAUCUGGUCUGCGCUGGUUGGCAGAUCCCCAGGUUUGUUCAGCUGACAGAUGAGGGUCCAGAAGGUGGCUAACAGGAUGAGGCCGGGUGGCCACGUGGCCCCGCAGGGAUUACAAGCAGCAAGAAGAAGGUAAAGAGAUUAGACUCAAAGCGGAGCCUGCUUUUUUAACCUCAUCACUGUUGUCACACUGACAACAUACAAGGAAACUCCUGAGCCAAAAUUCCAUCCGUUCCCUGUCUCUCCUUCCUCUACCUCUCCUCCCUCCCUUGCUUCCCUCUGCUCAUCCAUCCAUGCAGCCACCGCUGUUGUCUACAGGGAUCCAACAGCAUCCAGGAACUAGCUGCUGCUGAGGAACUGAGCUGGAGCACAGACAGGAGUGGACUGGACUCCCUCCUCUGGUGCACUCUGCUAAUGGACUUGAGAUAAAGAGGUUCUGGAUCUUAUUGUUGUGUGCAAGAGUCUCUUUACAAAUGACAACUUCGGGCUUGAAAACCACAUAAAUAAGCCCAUCAUGCUUUUGAAGUCAGGACUAUUCUUCACUUUGUGUCUGUUUACCCUCCAAGCAAGUCAAAUCAAAGACCUUCAUGACCACGGUUUCUCUGGACUCAGGGAUGUGAAAUACAGACACUUUCUGGAAGCUUCUAGACCAAUCAGACACACUACAAAUGUCAGAGCAGAGCAGGACGGACAUCGGACAAAGAGGUCAGCGGUGUUCACCACAGGGGUCAAAGUGUGUCCCCAGGAGACGAUGAAAGCUGUCAUCGGCAGCCAUCGCGCCUAUUACAAGCUCAGAGUUUGUCAGGAAGCCAUCUGGGAAGCGUUUCGGAUCUUCUUGGACAGGGUCCCAAAUUCAGAGGAGUACCGAGCGUGGGUUUACACCUGUCAGCAUGAAAACCUCUGCAUGGACGACCUGGCUCAAAACUUUAGCAGCUCUCAGGAGCAUCUGGAUAUGGUGGCCAGAAUAGUGGCCGAGCAGACUGAGAAUGAAGGAUUUGUCACUAGAACCCCAGAGCCAGGAAGGGACUGCACCUGGACACCCCCUCUGAUUCUGCUUCCAACUGAGGCCGAUGUGACCAAAGACAAUCCCAACAUGAUAAAAGAGAACUAUGAGGAGUACAUUGUUGAGUUCAGCGUCACCAUCGUGGACCCGACAUACAGCGAGCUCCUCCGUGAUCCUGAGGCUCCACAUUACAACGACAUCACACGAGAGCUCACAAAUAAGAUGCUUCUUGUGUUUGAAAAAGUUCCAGGAUUCAAAGAGAUUCGUAUUCUGGGAUUUCGCUCGGAGGAUGUGUCUGUGCGCUACGCCGUGGUCUUUAAUGGAGAAACAGAGCUCAGUGAUGAUCCUGAGGGUCUUGAGGAGCCUGAGACGGAGACAGGCGAGGAUGUAAAUGCUCCUAAACUGAAAUACAUUAUUACAAAGGCCUUAAAACAGGAGCCGUCACUACCGCUGGACAUACAGACACUCAGCUUUGAGGCUGUAACCACAAUUUAUCCAGUUGCUGAGCUCGGCCUGAACCCUGUUGAUAGCGUAGUAUCUGAGGAAGACACCACAAAGGAUUCAAAAGAGGACAGAACUCCCAUUCAAAGUUUCUUCCCCACAGUGGCAGUGAUAGAAAACUCUCUGGAAGCUUCUACAAUCAAACCAGAAACACACACCUUUGUGCCUUUUAUCCCAACCAUCCUCCAAGAAGCCACUUCUGCCGUCUCUGAUGAGACUCCUUUGAUGGCAGCAGUAGAAGAAGAGUCCACAGAAGAUUCUGCUGAAGGGGCAGAUGAUAUUAUAACUCCAGACACAAUACUGGAAGCAGCCACACAGCAGGAAGAGAAGGAGGCAGAGCCGGAGUUGAAGGAAAUUACACCAACCGAACAAGAUGACGGAGAACCUGAUCCAGCUGAUGGGGUCAAUGAAGAACAUCCAGAGCCACAGAACGAGGACAUUCCCCUGGCAACUUCAGAUUCCCAACCUGAGGAAGUGAGGAGUGAUAAACCUGGUGAGGUUAACCUUGAUGUACCGGAGUCAACAGAUCCUACAGUUAUGCAGAUAACUCUCACAGAAGCUUCAGUCCCAGUCUCCACACCAUCACCUCAUGAGGAUACAGUCCAAGGCAUUGAACCAGAAACAGAUGUGCAGCCUUUGCCAUCUCCUGUAGAGAGCGGCGAAGCCCCUGAAGACAGAGAUGAGUCUCCUGGAGGGCACAGCGGAAUUACCUUGGUCUCAACGGACCUUACUGCUGAGAACUCCAACAUUCAAGAGGAGGUAGGACCAAGUCAGAACGGGACGGAGGCAGAGGUUACCGAGCCUCUGGAGGAAGAGAGCGGUAGUGGAUUCCCUUCAGAGUCUGAUGAACGCCCGUACGAAUCCACAGCUGCACCAGCCAUGAGACAAGCCAGCACCCCUCUGAUGGCCGCAGUGGACAAGAGCAAAGAGUUAGUGGUUUUCUUUAGCUUGAGGGUCACUAACAUGAUGUUUUCUGAUGACCUGUUCAACAAGAGCUCCCCGGAGUAUAAAUCACUGGAGAAUACCUUUCUCGAGCUGACACAGCACUCUGGGUCCAGAAACUCGCCAAACCCUGGAGCUUCCAGUAAAUCUGGGCUUAGGAGACAGACGACUUUAGCCUCCAUACCGCUUCUGCCAUAUCUUCAGUCCAAUUUGACUGGAUUUAAGCAGCUGGAAAUUCUAAACUUCAGGAACGGCAGUGUCGUGGUAAACAGCAGGAUGAAACUGGACAAGCCUGUACCAUAUAAUGUCACAGAAGCUGUGCACUGUGUGCUCGAAGACUUCUGUAAUGCAGCAUCUAAACGGCUUGACAUCGAGAUUGACAGUCGCUCCUUGGAAGUGGAACCAGCUGACCAAGCAGACCCCUGUAAGUUCCUGGCCUGCAAUGAGUUUUCACGCUGCGUGGUAAACAGUUGGACCGAGGAGGCAGAGUGUCUGUGUGAUCCAGGCUACAGCACCGAGAACGGCCUGCCGUGUCAGAGCACCUGCACUUUGCAGCCAAACUAUUGUCUCAACGGAGGCCUGUGCGAAAUAAUCCCUGGGCAUGGAGCCACCUGCAGAUGCCCUGUAGGUAAAUACUGGCACUACCAUGGAGAGCACUGCAAUGAGCUGGUGUCGAUGCCGGUAGACCCUCCGCUAAUUAUAACCUGCCUUGUGGGAAGUCUCUGCUUUGUUUGUGCCAUCAUUGGCAUUUUGAUUUUCAUUAACAAGAAAUGUAUAAAGACCAGAAAAGCUGUAACUUUGGUGCACACCCUUGCUCCCUAUGCCUUUGAGAAUACUUUGAGGGUGAACCCAGUAUUUGAGAAUGAUGAUGGUGUCUUAACUCAGGUGUCCACAUUGCCAUGUUCUUCAAGUUCGGCUUCUUCCCAAUCCCAACAGUCUGAGCAAGAACAUUUUGCCUCAAUUGAAAAUAUACAUCUGAGUAUUGAGAUCCCCAGACAACUCUACACAACAAGAUCAGAAAAGUUAGUCUCAGAGAUGGUGGACUUUCAUCACUGCAUACCGCACAAUGAGCUCUAUGAUGCAUACAAAGACGUGGCGACUGCCAAAUGAAUACAGAACAUGUUGUCUCUUAAGGGCAUCAGAUAACGAAUGUUUUGAAGUAACAGUUCUUUGAUGACACCUGAGGAGAAGCCAACAUGGCCACACAGAGCCGAACAUGAGGAGUAGAGGACUGAAGUUGCUGUUAAAACUGUAUAUGGGAUGCAUGCACAGAUGCAAGUACAGUAGACCAGUGGUUGAGAUUAUUUGUUCAUAGUGAUGAAAGUGUCUUGUUAGACAGAGAGCUAUGGAUGUUAAGGUGGACUUAGGUUGUUUAAAAGUGGAACUUAAUAUUUAUUUUAAAUAUUGAAUGGUAGGAACAUUUCCUGUAUACCCUUGGCAAAGGUUGUUCUUUCCUCACAAUGAGGUAUUUAUUAUUUACAAACUGAUACACAUGGUGGUAUCUUAACUUUAGACUGUACAACGUUGUUUGUUUUAAUGCUAUUCUUUAACAUUGUGUCCCAAAAAGAGAAUGAAUGUAUAAGCUGUUGACUUUGGUCAUGACAUAUUGUGUAUAGAAAUACUGGCUGCUGUACUGUAUGUCCGUCAGUUUGUCCUGUUCAAAACAAGUUUUACCACUAAUCAUUUGUCUUUGGGAUUUUUUACACAUUUUACAUUUAAAAGCAAAAAAUAAAAUAUUUUUUGCAUUAAAAAUGUUGAUGUUUCAUUUGUUUUUUGAAAACUCAAAGCUUGUUGGGCAUGUCUAUUUGAGCGAGGUGUGAAAAAUUAAAAAUAUUUACUGGUGAGACUGAAGCUGACAUCAACCAUA